UGGCCUGCUCUGCCUUGAGAGGCCGGCGCCGGCAGCGCUCGCGGGGCCUGUGGCCCGCAGCACUCGCGGGGCCUGUGGCAGUUCAGAUGUCAGGGCGGCCGGAGCAGGCGUUGGCCGCGGACAUGACGCCUGAGGACCCGGAGGAGACCCAGCCGCUCCUGGGGCGGCCCGGCGGCAGCGCUCCCCGCGGCCGCCGCGUCUUCCUCGCUGCCUUCGCCGCCGCCCUGGGCCCGCUCAGCUUCGGCUUCGCGCUCGGCUACAGCUCCCCCGCCAUCCCGAGCCUGCAGCGCGCCGGGCCCCCGGCCCCGCGCCUCGACGCCGCCGCCGCAUCCUGGUUCGGGGCCAUCGUAACCCUGGGCGCCGCGGCGGGGGGCGUGCUGGGCGGCUGGCUCGUGGACCGCGCUGGCCGCAAACUGAGCCUCCUGCUCUGCACCGUGCCCUUCGUGGCCGGCUUUGCCAUCAUCACCGCGGCCCAGGACGUGUGGAUGCUGCUCGGUGGCCGCCUCCUUACCGGCCUGGCCUGCGGCAUUGCCUCGCUAGUGGCCCCGGUCUAUAUCUCUGAAAUUGCCUACCCCGCAGUGCGGGGGCUGCUCGGCUCCUGUGUGCAGCUGAUGGUCGUGACAGGCAUCCUCCUAGCCUACCUGGCAGGCUGGGUCCUGGAGUGGCGCUGGCUGGCUGUGCUGGGCUGUGUGCCCCCCUCCUUCAUGCUGCUGCUCAUGUGCUGCAUGCCCGAGACCCCACGCUUCUUGCUGACUCAGCACAAGCGCCAGGAAGCCAUGGCUGCCCUGCAGUUCCUGUGGGGUUCCGAGCAGGGCUGGGAAGAGCCCCCUGUCAGGGCUGAGCACCAGGACUUCCACCUGGCCCAGCUGAGGAAUCCUGGCAUCUACAAGCCCUUCGCCAUUGGCAUUUUGCUGAUGGCCUUCCAGCAGCUGUCGGGGAUCAAUGCUGUUAUGUUCUAUGCAGAGACCAUCUUUGAGGAAGCCAAGUUCAAGGAGAGCAGCCUGGCCUCGGUCAUCGUGGGCAUCAUCCAGGUGCUGUUCACGGCCGUGGCAGCCCUUGUCAUGGACAGAGCUGGGCGGAGGCUGCUCCUGGCCUUGUCAGGUGUGAUCAUGGUGUUCAGCACCAGUGCCUUUGGUGCCUACUUCAAGCUGACGCAGGGUCCCCCCAGCAACUCCUCGCACAUGGACCUCUUGGCGCCUGUCUCCUUGGAGCCCGCAGAGGCCAGUGUGGGGCUGGCCUGGCUGGCGGUGGGCAGUGUGUGCCUCUUCAUCAUCGGCUUCGCUGUGGGCUGGGGACCCAUCCCCUGGCUCCUCAUGUCUGAGAUCUUCCCUCUGCACGUCAAGGGCUUGGCCACUGGCGUCUGCGUCCUUACCAACUGGCUCAUGGCCUUUCUGGUGACAAAAGAGUUCAGCAGCCUCAUGGUGAGUGCAGGCCCUGAUGGACUCCCCUCAAUGGAGAAGCGCUUUUCAGAAUUACUCUCAUUGCAAAAGACCUUGAGGAGGUGCUCAGGCCCUACGGUGCCUUCUGGCUCGCAUCUGCCUUCUGCAUCCUCAGUGUCCUUUUCACUUUGUUCUGUGUUCCUGAAACCAAAGGAAAGACUUUGGAACAAAUCACAGCCCAUUUUGAGGGGCGAUGACAGCGCCUUCCCGUGAGGGGCUGUCCUUCCUAGCUGGGCCGGCUUUGAGCUUCAGAGGGGAUGGAGCCCGCCUGUGACUCUGAGCUAGGCCUCAUCCGGAGCCUGGAACCCCUGCCUGCCCCAGAUUCCCAGGGAGCCAGGAGCCAGGACCACAGGCCUUCGGAGCCUUGUCCUCUGGGGUCUCUCCUUCCUGCCCAGCUCUCCGAAGCCCAGUGAACCAUGGGUGUGAGGUUCCCAUCCCCUGGAUCCGGUGCCUGCUGCUGCUCUGCCCCCGCGGAGGAGGGGACAUCUCAGAGGGCUUCACUGCCCUGUGGUCAGCCCGCCAGGAGCUGUCUCCAUCAUGACGCCAAAGGGACAGCGGAAGGGACUCUUGGCUCCUCGUUUUCUGGAGGAGGUGCUUUUGGAGACUGAGUGAUGCUGGCCAUAGUUUCUCCUCUCAUGUGGCUGCAUUAAUAGGAAGGUCUUUUGUUUGCCAAAUAAAGCUUUGACUCAGAAAAUCA